AUGGCUGAUGGUGAGGAGAGAGAAGAAGAGAGCGACAAUGAGAAGGACAAGGAGAAGGAUGCUCAGGAAGAGGCGGUGGAGGAGGAUGUGGCCGCUUUCAGGCCGGGCGACAGUGUCAUCACCAUUCGACGGCGCAUGCAGAAGGCGCGGAAGGAGCGACUGGAGCAGGCCGCCAUGGAGAGACGCAGCCGGACUCCCUCUCCCACCCCGAUGGCUAGAACCAGGAUGCGGGCUGCGGCUUCUCCACUUGACUUGGAGGAAGCCGCGAUUGAUGCUUUCGAGGCUGUGGCUGCCCGCCGAGUUGAUGGCAUUGAAGCUGCCGACGGCAAGCAGCGGCCGCGAAAGGUUGAACGAUUCCACCAAGACCUUAUACGGAAAGAGGUGUGGCGUCAGAAGUUCGACUACAUCUUCCGGCAGAUGCAGGCAGGUGUUGAGAUCGAGCUGCAGAAGGACCGGAAGAGCCGAAGGCCCUCGAUUCUACGAGGAAAAGAGGAGCUGGAAGAUGCUGACGCUCGCCGUCAGGCCCUCGCAGGCUCCCACUCCGAGAGCCUGGAGGAGCUCCAGCAGCUGCGCCGGCAAUCUGCACCAGGCUCCCCGCUGGCCAUCGCCCGCAUGGCAGGGAAAGUGCUGACGAUGCAGGCCGAGCCAGAUCCCGUUGUGGAGCCUUUGCGGGCUUCUUCCGAUGAAGAAGAGGACUGGCCUCCUCUACCGAUGCCUUGCAGCGAUCUGCCGGUAAUUGCACCUGCACCGAAGAUGCCACCAGCCGGGUGGCGCAGGACAGGCCGGCAGAAACCACGACCACCAGUGGCACCGCCUCCUCCCAAGCAAUCGCCGCCGCCGCCUGCUGACGAGUCAUCCGGACGAGGCGCCCUGCGCCGCGCGGGCAUCGGAGGGCUUCUCCGGCCCAGCUCUUUGCCGGCACUGCGGCCACCUGCCGAGCUGGGUGUCCGCGAUGAGUAUUACGAGGGCGACGACCUCUUCAUGCACGAGGACAUCCUGCACACGUCGAACCCCAAGCUCUUCCCACUCCGUCAAGGAACAAAUUUCGCAACGCCUGUGCGCUGGGUCCGCAGCGAGAGCCGGCAAAGGUUCCUUCGAUCCGCCCUGGAUGGUGUGGUGGUGCCACUCCUGACGGACACCUUGCUGUGCCUCUCCGCGAAGGACCCGCUAGUCGCACUUCCACUGCUGCCAGCCAUGCAGGCCUCAUCACUCUGGACUGAUGCUUUCCAUUCGGCCGCACCCAGCACAGUGAACCUCAGCGACCUCGAAUGGUUCCUGCUCCUGUACGUGAAGCACAACCUCUGGAAAGAGGCUUACAGAGAGGCCACGGCGGAGCGCAACGCCGCCCGGGCCCCCGCGCUGUCCCGGUUCGGUGCUGCCGUGCGACCAGGGCCCGGCGUGGGCCAUGCCGCGGAGGCCGAAAAGGCCACGCUCGAGACUGCCGCAGCACGGGAGGCGCUCUUUGAUUGGGCACGGGACCGUCUGGGCAAAGAGCGACCGCUGCUGGAGCCUCUGCCGGCCACACAGACGGUCUUGCAAGAUGGCCACUGGCAGGGGCUCCGAAAGGCCAUGGCCUGGCGGGUGCUGCUGCCACUGAUGGACAGCUUUGAGGCAGAAUCCGAUUUCCAGGGGGCGAUGGAGGAGCUGUUUGUGGCAGUGGCCGACAGCCCCUGGAUGCUGGAAGCUGAGUGGACAAGGGGCUGCAGUUUGUCGGGGGCUGAAAAAGCAUUAAGCAGUUAG